CUCGGCUGUGUGACUAUGGCGCUGUGUUAAUGAGAGAGAGGAACCCGGCGGGACCCCGGACACCGGAGACCAUGGGCUCCCGGGUAAAACAAAAUCCUGAGAAUGCCUUUGAAGUGUACGUGGAAGUGAUCCGCCCAAAAACAUCCAACGAAGAUCCUGAGCUGCAGAGGAUCUUCCCUGAAGACUUCAGUGACCAGGACGUCCUUCAGACUGUCGCCAAGUUUUGUUUCCCGUUCUGCAUGGACAGUCUCUCGGCCAGCCAAGUUGGGCAGAACUUUACAUUUGUGCUGACUGACAUUGACAGCAAACAGAGAUUUGGCUUCUGUCGGUUAUCUUCAGGAGCUAAAAGCUGCUUUUGUAUCUUAAGCUACCUCCCAUGGUUUGAAGUAUUUUACAAACUCCUUAACAUUUUGGCGGAAUAUUCCUCGAAGAGCCAGGAUAACCAGCGCAAUGAACUUCUCGACACUCUUUAUAGACUUCCGAUCCCAGAGCCUGGAACCUCGGUCCAUCUGAGCCUGCAUUCAUACUUCACAGUGCCUGAUCCUCGAGAACUGCCCAGUAUACCAGAGAAUAGAAACCUGACAGAAUACUUUGUGGCCGUGGAUGUGAAUAAUAUGCUGCACCUGUAUGCCAGUAUGUUGUAUGAACGCAGGAUCCUCAUUUGUUGCAGCAAACUCAGCACGCUGACUGCAUGCAUUCACGGAUCAUCCGCAAUGCUGUUUCCAAUGUAUUGGCAACACGUUUACAUUCCAGUUCUUCCUCCACACCUACUGGACUACUGCUGUGCUCCCAUGCCCUACCUCAUAGGAAUACACUCAAGCCUAAUGGAGAAAGUGAAAAUAAUGAACCUGGAAGAUGUUGUGGUUUUGAAUGUGGACACUAAUACCCUUGAAACGCCAUUUGAUGACCUACAGAACCUGCCCAGCGAAGUGGUAUCCGCAUUAAAGAAUCGACUCCGAAAAAUGUCCACAACUACCGGCGAUGGAGUGGCACGAGCUUUCCUGAAGGCUCAGGCAUCUUUGUUUGGGAGCUACAGAAGUGCACUAAAGAUUGAGCCAGAGGAGCCGAUCACGUUUUGUGAGGACACCUUUGUUUCCCAUCGCUCCAGCAGUAUGCGGCCAUUCUUACAGAACGCAAUACAGCUUCAGCUCUUUAAACAGUUUAUAGAUGGACGUCUCGACUUGUUAAAUACAGGAAAUGGAUUCAGUGAUGUGUUUGAAGAAGAGAUUAAUAUGGGUGAAUAUGCAGGCAGUGAUAAACUCUAUCAUCAGUGGCUUUCAACAGUAAAGAAAGGAAGCGGGGCUAUCAUUAAUACUAUGAAGACUAGAGCCAAUCCAGCCAUGAAGAAUGCCUACAAGUUUGCUAAAGAUCAUGCGAAAAUGGGAAUUAAGGAGGUGAAAAACCGCUUGAAGCAGAAGGAUAUGGCUGAAAAUGGAUGUACAGUAUCAGAAGAGCCUCUUCCUAGGAUGUCACCAUCACCAUCUGCAGAAAAGAAAGACCCAAAGAGCCGAGAGGAAAGGCGGCCUAUCACAAUGCAUUUUGGGCAGCAGGAAAAGAUCCCACCACCUCGACCUCCUCCUCCACGGAUCCGACGCGCCACUGUACCCGUUCGUCCCCCCAGGCCUCAGGUCGCUCGACGUCCCAAAAAUAACACAGUCGUAGACGGUCAUAGAACCUCCACCUCCAGCCCCGACCACGUUGUGAAGCCCACACGCCACUAUACUGUUUUCCUCUCAGAAGAUUCGUCUGAUGAUGAAUUCCUGCAGGAGGAGGACCCUGUCUCUGCCUUCUCUGAAAACUUUAUCUUCUCUGCUCCCUUUGAAUGGCCUCAACAGUACCGAACUUUAAAAGAAUCUGAUGCUGAUGGAGAUGAGUUGAUCAGUCCAGAGAGUGAGUCGGCGACUGGCCAGGAGCCACCUGGUACACAUCUUACUCAUGUCAGUCUACUAGAGGACAUCUUUAGUAAUUUAGAGGUUGAUUCACAACCACAGCAGCUGAUCCAAGCCAAAAGUCUGGAAGAUCUUCGGACUCCAAAAGAAGACAAUGACGACAACUUCAGCUUUGAUUACCAGCGAAUGGAUCUUAAUAUCCAUGAAAGAAGUCGCAUUGUCCCCACAAUUAAAUAUAACCAUCCAUACAACAAGCUUUGGAGCUUGGGGCAUGAUGAUAUGGCAAUCCCCACAAAAUAUCACCAAGUUUCACCAGAAAGACAAUUAACCCUCCCUGAGAGCAUGGCAACUCUGUCACAUCGAGAGAGUCCUUUGGGUUUUGUAGAACAAGAGGGGACAUGCUGCAGCACACAGAACACCAUCACAAUUCCACGGCCACAUGGAAGAAAGACCCCUGAGCUGGGCAUCGUCCCACCUCCCCCAGCACCCAGAUCUGCUAAGCAACAGAGUGUUCCACCAGUUAAUGAAACAAGCAAACCACCAACAAGGGAGAGCAGUGAUUUCACUUUGCAAAGUAUUUCAGCACCUUUUGGGGAUCAGUCGCUGGAGGAGGCACAUCUUCAGCAUUCCAACUCUAGUUCUUCAGGAAUGCUGCUGCCAGUUAAAGUUUCUGCCGAGGUUGGAGUGAAUGAAGAUCUUUUGAGCCUCUUGGAUCCUUUAAAAACAGGAGACUGGCAAAGUGGUACCCAUCCUCCUGUAGGCAGUGGUGUACAGAGCUCUGAAGACCCUCACAGCUCAAGCACUCAAUCCUAUACUACUUUACAAAAUGAUUUUGCUUCUGCCGCAUUUACAAAUCAGCUGGGAUUCACCAAGCCACAGCCCCCGUUUCUACAUCCCCUUAACCCAUUUGCCCAGUCAAUACCAACAGAACAGCCUAUCCCUGUGAUGGGCGGCCCGAGGGGAACUUUCAUUACAACAGUAGGCCCUGUACUUGGUCCAAAUACCUUACUCUCAACACAGAGAUUUUAUCAUGGUCAGAGACCUCACCCUUCAAUGAUACCCGGAAGGAGCCCAUUUGGCCAAGUACCAUCAACCUCCAAUAUCAAUCCUUUAAUAAAGCAGGGUCACAACACAGCUGAAACACAGCCACAUUUUCCACCUGUUGUUGGCGUCACUGCAGGACACAGAACUUUACCUAUGAUACAUCCCCCUUUCAAAGCCCAGGAGGGCAAGUCAAAGGAGUUUCCAGCCAUCCCCCCAAGACCUUCUAAAGUGUCAGAUCCUAUUCUGCUCCCUGUGAAGCCAGGACAAACCAGGGAUCCAUUUGAUGAUUUGAUCAGCAAAACCAAACAGGAGGUAGCGCCAGCAACUGGUAAAGUUGAACAACUACGGAAGCGGUGGGAGACGUUUGAGUAAGAGUCAUAUGCGGAGAAGCAGAGAAUCUCGCUUUAAAGAAACCUAAGCAAUUGAAACAACCAUGGAAGCAAGCAUUUGCUCCUAUACUUAAGACUAACGUUUGCUAUUAAAGGCUUUCAUAUCACAAAUAUAAUAUCCCAUGUUAUUUGUUUGGAGAAGUAUUGUAUACACAGGAAGCUCUUGUUUAGUUUGCUUCCUAAUUUUCAAAAUGUGAAUUGAUUUAUAACUAUCUAGACCUUAGACGUUUGGCCAGCCUAGAUAGGCAUUUUAGUGUUAGCCUGUCCAGGCGGUAUCUACUUUUACAUACAGUGCUUGUUUAGCAAAGAUUUCAUAUGUAGUAACAAAAAAAUCACACUUAUCACAAUCUACAAUAUUUAUCACAGCUUUCUAUUGUUCUGCAAUGGUGAUGCGUACCUCGCUUUAGUAUUUACAGGCACAUGCAAUGAUAGAUGGAUUCACUUACCACUUCAAAUUAAAGUAAGCAGAAGUCUAUCUAUGUACAAGCGUCUCGCUGGGCCAGUAUGUGUCGUGACAACCAAUAGACUGGACCAUUGAGUUCCCAUAGUUAGUAAAAUCCGUUUCACUGCCCAGUGUCCUGUAACGUGGCACAUUGUUGAAUUAAGUUGUUUUGACAAGAAGAAAAGUGCAGUUUGUCAUCCUUUUGUAGGGUUUUUUGUUUCUGGAAAACACAUAUGGCUGCUGUGGGGGUAGCAACCGUAUAUUACACGUAGAAUAUUAUUUAUCCGUUUAUCUCUACAGCUGCAAUAUAUGUGCCCCAAAAAAGAGUUUUGUGAUGGGAACAGCAUGGUGCAGUCUGGACAAAGUCUGAUCAGAGCACUACCCUCUCAGCUCACACGUAAAACAAUAA